AUGGAGUAUUUCAUCAAGUUGAUCAAGAAGAAAUAUAAUAAAGAUAUUAGCAAAGACAAGAAAACACUUGGAAAGCUUCGCAAGGAAUGCGAGAGAGCUAAAAGAGCCUUGAGUAGCCAGCACCAAGCUCGUGUUGAUAUUGAGUCACUUGUUGAUGGUACUGACUUCUCCGAGCCGCUAGCAAGGGCAAAAUUCGAAGAACUGAACAUGGAUUUGAUCAAGAAGACAAUGGGGCCAGCAAAGAAGGCUUUGGAGGAUGCGGGUUUGAAUAAGACAGACAUUCAUGAAAUAGUUCUUGUUGGUGGUAGCACUCGGAGUCUCGGAUUCCCAAGGUGCAACAACUAUUGAAGGACCUUUUUUAUGGAAAAGUGCCAAACAAAGGUGUCAAUCCAGAUGAGGCUGUUGCCUAUGGUGCUGUGGUUCAUGGUGGAAUCCUCGGUGGCGAAGGCGGGGAAGAAAUUAAAGUAACUGAUCUU